UAUGGCCAAGACCAAAGAGCUGUCGAAGGACACAAGAGACAAAAUUGUGGACCUGCACCAGGCUGGGAAGACUGAAUCUGCAAUAGCUCCUCCCCAGACCCUCAACCACUUUUUGGACUUCCCCAAAAUUCCAGUAUAUAUAAACCACACGCUGACCUACUUGUGCAUUGGAUCCGCCUGGCGUCAAAACAACACUAUUCGAGCAAACCUCUAAACUUUUAAGAAUGUGGCUGAGUUUUGUUAGCGUGUCGCUGCUGGCCGUUUCGGCCUUGGCCCAUCUGGAUCAGGUGACCUUGGACAGCCAAUGGGAGCAGUGGAAGAUCACACAUAGGCGGGAAUACAACGGCAUGGAUGAAGAGAGCAUCCGGCGGGCCAUCUGGGAGAAGAACGCGCUGAUGAUCGAGGCCCACAACCAGGAAGCAGCGUUGGGCAUGCACUCGUAUGAGCUGGGCAUGAACCACUUGGGCGACAUGACGUCUGAAGAAGUAAUGGAGAAGAUGACGGGGUUGGAGAUGCCCAUGACGCGGGAACGCGGCUUCACCAUGAGUCCCGAGGAGAAGGCCUACCCGUUGCCUAAGUCGGUGGACUACCGCAAGAUGGGCAUGGUGACGUCGGUCAAAGAUCAGGGUUCGUGCGGUUCAUGCUGGGCCUUCAGCUCGGCGGGAGCUCUGGAGGGUCAGCUGGCUAAGACUACGGGGGAGCUGCGGGACCUUAGUCCUCAGAACCUGGUGGACUGUGUGACGGAGAACAGCGGCUGCGGCGGCGGGUACAUGACCAACGCCUUCAAAUACGUCAGGGACAAUGGCGGAAUUGAUUCGGACGAGGCCUAUCCCUACGUGGCCCAGGCACAGAUGUGUCGUUACAACUCUUCGGGCUCGGCGGCCGAGUGCCGUAGCUACAAAGAAAUUCCGGAAGGCGACGAGCACGCGCUAGCCGUGGCGCUCUCCAAGGUCGGCCCCAUCUCUAUCGGCAUCGACGCAUCCCAAGGGACCUUCCAGUUCUACCAGAGAGGCAUCUACUACGACCCCAACUGCAACAAAGACGAUGUCAACCACGCCGUGCUACUGGUCGGCUACGGGGUAACCGCCAGGGGCAAGAAGUACUGGCUCAUCAAGAACAGCUGGAGCGAGAGCUGGGGCAACAAAGGCUUCGCCAAGAUGGCGCGUAACCGCGGAAACCUGUGCGGCAUCGCUAACUUGGCUAGCUACCCCGUCGUGUGAGCCGUUUCCGUGGCGACCGAGUUUCUAUUUUUACUGUCUUUGUGGUUGUUAGCUGCUGUUAGCUAAAAUGUUUUGGACUUGAAAGCAAGCGCGUCGUGGCGUCGCUGGACGACGCAGUUUCACGGAAGCCCAAACAUGAUAUAGAAAUAUUAACAGUGUAUUUUUAGGCGAUAGACGUCCAAUUCAUUUCUGGUCGAAAUAUAUUGGAUGUCUAUAGCUGUCAAUGGCACAGAAUAAGUUAAUAGUGGAAUGUCAUGUCUGUCUUCCGUAACAUUCAGCACUUUUAUUCUGAUCAUUCUUGUGUAAAAAUAAAGUUUUGUAUGACAUGAAAUUAAAUAAAGUUGU